AUGAAUCUAACGAGUUUGUUAAAUUUUGAAUCGGUGCUAGUAAAAGGUGCACAAACUCAAUCCAACGAACUUAAUAUGUUUGUAGCGAAUUCAAUAAGAAUUAUAGUAGAGGAAUUUUUCUUAAAAGUUGCUCCAUCAUUUGUAAUUGUUGUAUCGUGUCGUCGCAAGAGUCCUUUAAAUUUUUAUCUUAAUAUCAUGCAACAUCUCUUCAAUAUGGUGGAUAAUAUGAUUGUACAAUUGGUAUUUGUUGACUAUGAAAAACCUCUAAGAAUUGAGGGUCCCAGAUAUCAUAAUUUAUUAUUGGUGGAUUCUUUGGAAGCAUUUUUAGACAUCGAUGUAAUUUCAUAUAGCCGUGAUUAUGACACCAAUGAAUACUAUCACAUUUUUCUUAUGCAGCGUGAUCGUCAUCUUCAAAACGAUAUGAAGGGAAUUUUUGACUACUGCUGGACUAAUAAUAUUAUAAAUUGUAACGUCCAAUACCAAACUGCCUUGGGGGAAGUAUCAAUGUAUACAUAUUUUCCAUUUUCCUAUAAAUAUAAAUGUGGCAAUACCGUACCGCAAAAAAUCAAUCAAUUUGUUAAUGACUCUUGGCUUAAUCAGGGUUAUUUCCUUCCAAAAUUGAAGAAUUUUCAAGGUUGUCCUUUAGUGGCUGCAGUACGUAAUAUACCACCCUAUAUAUACCCAAGUGGAGCUGAAGAUGGUGUUAUAACAUAUAAGGGAUUCGAAAUGGAUUUGAUAAAACAUUUGGCGAAAAGAUUGAACUUUUCAUUGAAUUUGCGUACAAAAGUGCGCGAUGAUCGUUUGUUUCCCUUUGGAAAUGGUGCUUUAAAAAUGCUUGAUGAUCACACUGCCGAUAUAGUCGUUGGUUUCUAUCGUAAACGUGCGGAGGUAAAUAAAAUAUAUACCACCACUAUGCCUCAUUAUCAGAAUUAUAUUGUAUCAGUUAUCUACCUACCGGCUCACAGAUUUAAUACCUUUGAAGUUUUGUCAUAUCCAUUUCCUAAUUGUGGCUGGUAUGCCUUAGCUGUGACUACGUUUAUAAUCAUUUUGAUCACGCGUCUGAUGCGCUUAUAUCAAACGCAGUCGAUACCAACAUUUUCAAUGAUUGCCUGUGCUUUGGGUUCACCGAUUUAUCGAGAACCUCAACUACCACCUUCUGCUUUAAUAUUUAUAACCUGGUUGUGGAGUAUCUUUUUAUUACGCUCCAUUUAUUCUGGUUUACUGUUUCAUUUAUUUCGCAAUGAAAUUCACACUUCCUUGCCGCAUACUCUGGACGAGGCGAUUAACGAUAACUUUCGCGCGGUAAUGAAUCUGUUUACAUAUAACGAUAUUAAAUAUAUACCAUUUUAUCAGCGUUAUCCAAAUCAUACGAGCAUUAUAAUCAAUUCCUCGGAUGAGUUAAUACCUAUUGCUUAUUUGGAGAAUAAUUAUGAGGAAAAUAUUUUUGCUGUGGUCUCACAAGAAUUUCUCAUCCAUUACACGGAGAAAUAUCAAAAACCUGGAUUAUUUUAUAUUAUACCCGAAAUUAUAAUGCAACAACGGAUGUGUUUUUACUUAAAGAAACAUUCGUAUCUGAUCGAUCAAUUCGAUACGGAAAUUAUAAAUAUAAAUUCUGUGGGUCUAAUUGCUUAUUGGGCGAAGAAUUUUAUAAAUUCGAAAUAUCUAAAUAGUAAACAUAUGUUUCAAGAUGCUAGCAUUGAGCAGCAUGAUUUAUGGGAUUUCUAA